GGUUACAGAGAGCAGGUUAUGCCAUACCUUUGUCGUCGUAACACAACAACAAUCAACAACUUGACCAUCUAGGUGUAUAUCUUGUGGAAGUGUUUUGGACUUUAGAGUUGGCCUAACAAAAAAAAUCCAAAAGUGUUAGAUUUAUACCGUAGACGGUAGAUUUGAGUUUUGUCUACAUAAUGAAAUGUUGGUGUCAAAUCACAUUGGGGAAGAUUCAAUUAGUGUUAAGUAUGAGAAGUUUUUCAUUUGAUUAAAAGGACGGUGGAAAAGGAGUAACUCUGCUAGUACUAGCAAUCAGGAGAUUUUGUUUGGUGCCUAGUGAGUGACAUAACAAUUUCUCAUUAACUUAAUUCAUUUUCAGAAUAAAAAGAGGUUCGAAAUCGGACCACUCAUUGUGAUAAGUAGAAUUUUAUAUUGAUAUCGAAGUAAAAAUAUCAUUAGAAGAAAAGUGGUACCACAAAUAAUGUUAUUCCACAGAGCAGGUGAUGCCAUGCUUUUAUAGUAGUCACUCGUCAGACUGACACAACAUUUUACUUCGGUUGGUAAAUUUUAAGCUAAAGCCGAACUUUAUUCUCACUGUCAGAAUUUCACCGUCUCUCUUUAAAGUUACUGUAGGAUAUAUAUAUAUAUAUAUAUUUUUUUUUUUUAGUUUCCUUGUCCAGUAAAGUAGUCAACUGUAUGUAUAUACAUACUAUUUGUUUUUUCAUUUUACAUUUACUGACUUUACUGCAUAUUGCUCUACAAAUUUUCAGAAACCUUUUGUUGUUGUCUCUCGCUGUCUCACUCUCAAGUGGUAUUCUAGUUCACAAAUUAUGGUUCGCUGUUUCAGUGCUCUUACGAAUUGUUGAGAGACUCGUUUAGGAUUUAAUCAAUUCGUCGACUUGACUACUUUGUUUUCAAGAGUAAGAUUUAAGGGUUCGAGGUGAAGGUGUUGAGCUCUAUUGACUGCGUUGUUGUAAAUGCUGCCUCAGACAAGAGUUCUGGUUGAAUGAUGCUUGCACUUUAUAUUCACCAGUAAUGAAGAACGGACAGUGCGCACAGGAACUAGUACAAUCUUCCACUCAAGCUUCACAUGAGUACCAAGACGAACAUAAAAUUAACCAAUCAGUAGAUGCUCCUCCUAUACAAGAUGCUGUUUCUGUAUCUGCUUCAUGCAAUGACAGUAGGAAAGUUUCAAGACAAGAUAUUGAACUUGUCCAGAAUUUGAUAGAAAGAUGUCUUCAGUUGUACAUGAACAGAGACGAGGUCAUGAAGAUCCUCUUGGAUCGAGCAAGGAUAGAACCUGGAUUUACAAGCUUGGUUUGGCAGAAACUGGAAGAAGAAAACGCAGACUUCUUCAGGGCUUAUUACAUCAGGUUGAAACUGAAGAAGCAAAUAAUAUUGUUCAAUCAUUUGCUUGAGCACCAGUACCACCUCAUGAAGUAUCCUCUACCUCAAAAGUUUCCUCUGGCACCGAUGCCAAACGGAAUGCAUCACAUGGCACCUGGUAUAGUUACCAUGCCAAUGGGGUAUCCAGUACUACAACACCCUCAAAUGCAUGUUCCAGGCCAUCCUCAUAUUGAUGCAAUGGGAGUGUCAAGCUACCAUGUUGUUAAUGGAGUCCCUGCUAAUUUCCAGCCACGGAAGAUGAACUCAACGAAUGAUAUGGUGAUUGAUACAACCCUGGAUGAUGCAACUCCUCAAGUGAUUCCACCAAACAGUGGUGGGAUGUCAGUGAGUCCAGCUUCUGUGGCAUCAAGUGGACACUUUCCAUUUGAUGCUUCAGAUAUGGUAAUGGACGCUUCAGUGCUUGAUUCCGCGUUCACCUCUGAGGUUGGAGUAGGAGAAGGAGGAGCUGGGAAUGCCAGAGAUUCACUCAGGUCAUUUGAUCAGAUUCCCUGGAACUUUAGCCUUUCUGAUCUCACUGCAGACCUGUCAAACUUGGGAGAUGUGUAUGUUGCAGAGUUAGAAGGCUUAGGAAACUAUCCAGGCUCUCCUUUUCUUCCAUCUGAUUCAGAGAUUUUGCUUGAUUCUCCUGACCAUGAGGACAUAGAGGAGUUUUUCGUGGAUGUGCCUGGACCUCCUUGUUCUAAUUCAGAUGAAGAGAAGCCUUGAAUUGAAAGGGAAAACGGCUAUAUAUAAUUAUAAUCUUCUUCAGAGAAACACCAAGCAUUGUUUUUUCUUUAAGUAACAAAUAUAACUACUACUGUUAUUAUAACUCAAAGUACUUAUGAAUAAAAAAGGAGUUAGAAUGAACCUAAAAGAGGAUGUACAACAAGUUAUCAGCAUCAGUGUUUUCUUUACU